AUGGGCGAUGAAUAUGAAACAUCCCGCUUUCAGUGCGAUUUAUGUGGUCAUAGCAGAGAAGGUCUUUUAAGAUGUUCAGCAUGCGACGAGAAUGGCGAUCCUGUCUUGGCGCAUGCCAACAUGUGCACGACAAGCUGGAUUCUUGUUCGAAAGGCGCACCUUAUCCCUUCAGUUACUGUCAUAUUUGUGAUCGACACAAAAUCCGAAAGGUGA